AUGUUAACUACCGCUGCCGCUGAUCUGGAUUCGGAUUUCUUCGAGGAACCUGCAGCAUCAGGAGGUGACGAUCGAAUCGAAGCCGAUCGCGUAGUGUUUGCUCGAUCUGCUUCCAUCCGUCGACUCUCAUCUGCCACAAUAAGCCGGAAAGGAUCCCUCCGACGGUCGUCUUUGCUGCUCGGUGCCUCGGCCCCUCAACUUCCUUCGUCGUCACCACUGCGACGUCCAGCGACAGCAGCUGCCACAACACACAGCCGUGUACAUCAAGCUUUGCGUGAGAAUGACAACAGUUUCGAGUUUUCUAUCAAGGAGGCUACAUUGGAUGGGUUGCUUUAUUCAUCGCGAUUCCCGAUCAAAGAAAUCACGACCCGGAGAUCUUCUUCAGCGUUUCUUCGCAAAGACAAGAGCGAUAUACCCGAACGUAAGAACAGUAGCGACGAUCCAAGCCAUGAAAAUACUACGGAAACUACACCUGAGAUGGAUAUCCAGGCGAAGAAGAGGGAACGGCGACGGCAGCUCUUGGCAGAGCGAGAACGGGCUCGGUCUGCUGCGCCUACGUUAAUGUCCGGAUCCAGCAGCGAAUCAACGGUCAAGACAGUCACAGUGAUAGAUGAAUCUGCAUUUAUCCUUCGCAAGCGGCGCUGCGCUAAAACGUUUGAAGAUAUGAUUGCUGCUCGAUUGAAGCCACAUGAUGGCACGGGUGACACAAAAUCUAGAGGUAAAAGUGCAGUCGAUUCGAUUCCUGAAAGUGAGGGAGACACUCGAUCUCCAAGAAUCGAUAAUGGUGUUGACAAAUUGUUGGAGCACGGCAUCAUUCAGUCCGUGCUGGCACUGAGCACAAGUUCCGACGCAGCUACCCAGGGACACUGUUGCCGAGCGCUUUAUUAUUUGUCGCGGUUUCACGCUGCUCGAAAGCCCAUGAUUACUCAAGGCGUCGUUGCUAGUCUCAAACAACUCUCACGAACUCCUUUACCCGCUCCCCGACAAGAUAUAGCAGCAACACUAUGUCACUUGUCUGAAGAAGACAAUGCUGUGGAAGCUCUGUUUUUCGAAGGAAUCGAUCGUUCGCUAUUACGUUUGAUCACAUCUCCAAGCUGGGAAACCAAGCGCAUAUGUGCAGCUACAGUGUUUAAUCUAUCGGCAGAUGCACGGCACAUCCGACACUUCAGAGAGGGUUUCUCUCAGCUGCUAAUCGCAGUAACGAAAACCAACGGAGGAAUCAGUGGCAGUAGCCUCUUGAACACAGUAGAUACUAAUUCUUCAUCGACGUUCUUGAUCAAGGCGAUCUACAAUACUUCCCUGGUACCAAUGUUCCAAAGCGCUCUGAUCGGAGAAAAUAUUCCUCGGUUUUUGGCAACACACAUUCCGUUGGUACCCCCAGUUAUUCAAAGCUGGGCACUCCGAUCGUUUAUCUCGCUGUGUGAAGUGCAGACCAAUCGGCAACUCCUAAUCUCAUCUCAAUUUUGUGAGCUACUGGAGUCCAUGUUACUUUCCACAAACGAAGAAAUUCAAGAAAUCACACUCUUGAUAUUGUUGCAGUUGUCCACCGAUGAAGGAAGCCGCAUCAAGAUCUGCAACUGGUUGCCCAUCAGCUCGCUGGUCCGGAGUACCACCCAGCAUAUUAAAAAUACCAAGUCUCGCUCUACGGGAAACCGAGACCUGGUGUAUCUGCAUUCCUGCAUCCUACGAAACUUGAGUGAUAGUGUGCUAACGCACCAUGAUCUUAUUCAAGAGGGCGCUGUUCCGGUGUUGCUGGAAAUGAGUCGGAUGUCUGAGCCAACCGUCAAAGUGAAUGCCAUUUGCUCCUUUUGUUACCUAGUUUCGAGCUCUACAGAUGAGGUGGCGAUCCACAUUCCAGAGCUGACAGAACUACUACUGACGCUGACGCAGUCGACGAACUCGCAAGACUGUGUGUUCGCUGUGGAGUCGCUCUACAAUAUUUCGUGCUGUGAUGACUGUGUUCCUGUGCUUUGCGAAUCCGAGUCUCUACUGGAUCGGUUGCUACAACUUGCUACUGAUCCUGUCCAUAAACAAAUAGCAGAGUUGGUUGCUGCUAUUGUUUACAGACUGGCAGGUAUGGUAAGUUGUGCUCCACGAUUAUUGAGAAGAGGAUUCCUCUCGCAACUGGUACAUCUCAUUCGCCAAUACCCGACCUGUCGAGCUUACGCUUUGAACGCGCUUUUCUUAUUGGCUAGAAAUGGUGGAGACGACUUUCCUCAUGGCGGUGAUGAAAUGACACAGCUUGUUCUUGCUCUACUAAGCAACGGUAAUGAACUUAAGAUGGCGGCGAAGAUAUGGAUGAAACCAGGUAUCUCUGCACGGCUCGUGAAGCGUAAAACCAAUCUCGAUAUUUCUCAAGGUGAUCCAGUGACUAUUCGAAGUGGUGUCACCUUAUUGGCACACCUUGCGCACCACCCAAAGAAUCGAGCCGCCCUUGUUCGCAAUGGAGCAGUGUUUCGAUUCUUGAAGAAACUUAACCGGUUAAAGCCCAGGGUAGACCCAAAAGGAACUACCGAUGAAAAUGAUAUUAUAUGUAUUGGCGGAGAGAACGAGGACGAAGCAGCAGAGUAUGGGAGUGAUGAUGACACGAUUCUGACCAACUGUGCAUUCGUUUAUUACUGUCUGACUGCUUCUCAGGAGGGAUGCGAGUUUCUCGUGAAAGAACGUGGAGUAGAAGAUCUCAUUAACCUAUCACGGAUUCGAACUAAACACACUGGGACGAAAGCUGAGGUCGGUGAUGGUGGAGUUGCGUAUACCAUGAAGGAGCUGUGUACCCUAGCUUUAUGUCGCCUAUCGUCCUACACUGGACUUGAAGCACGACUGAUUGAGCAAGGGGCUAUUCAAACUGUGAUGGUGUUGGCACUCGUAGCGACCGACAGUAUCACGAUCAAGGCGUUGUGCAUUAUGACGCUUGCAAACUGUCUCGUGGACGUCACACCGAAUUGUUUGCAGUCGCUCGUUGGCCACGGAAUUAUAUGGGCACUCUCCUCAUUGUGUACUGUUGAAUACCCCGAGGUCAGCUACGUGUGUGCAGUUUCGUUGUGUAAUCUGUCUGCACAUCCCAACAAAAUCCCAAAGUUUCUGGAUGCUGGCGCACCAAAAGCACUGGUUUAUCUACUCUCUCAUAGUGGGGGAGCUGAUGCAGCUGAAGACGCUGCCAUCGUGCUCGUGACGGUGAAAACUAUCGCGAACCUAGUUGCAAAUGAGAAACUUUGUCAAGCUUUCUUGAAUGAAGGACUCGAGAAGCAUUUGAGUAUGCAUUUCUCGUCUCCUGAGAGCAGCGAAGAGCUUCGACAGUUAGCUGCGAUGGUUCUAUUGCGUGUUACUAGUGCGAAUGAUGCCGUGAUAUCACCAGAGAGAGUCAAACUCACGAUGCUCCUUUGGAUGGAACAGAUCAUCGACAUGAAAGAUGAAGAUCUGGUGCGUAAUUGUAUGCUUACAGUGCACGACCUUACGAGCAAUUCAUCACUGGAUGUGGCAGAGCUCGAUGUUCCACACAUUUUGCGGAUACUGGUUCAAGUUCUUCAGCGUCAUCACAUCCACAACACGCACAUUGUGACGCUUUGUCUCUCUGCGUUGUACAACUUGUCGUGUCGAUUGGCAGCUCUUCCGAUGAUCGUGCAGUCCGAAAUCAUGCCUUUCUUGCGCCAACAAGUGCCAUUAACAGAAACAACGUUGGCAGGACAGCGGCGAAAAAGUACGAGUUCAGCUCACCCUGCACUGCCAUCUACGAUUGCUAGCUCCAGCAAUUCUGUUAAUGUCCAGCUGUGCUGUCUCGUCCUGCACAACUUAAGUUGUUACCAUAAUGCAGACGACGAAGGUGUUCUAGCUGCCCUUGUGUCGUGUCACGUUGUCGCUACCCUGCACGAUAUUUACUUCGGACCAAACGAUGGACUCAAGGAGACAACUGCUGUGGCAAUCUCUAACAUCGCCAUUGGGAAAGUGAAUUCCACCCGCGUACUCGAAGAUCAUGCCGGUCGUGUGUUGCUACACUUUAUUCGUAGUGAACACUUCAUACCAACUCAUUAUCGUCUCGUGGCAGCAACACUGCGGAAGCUGAGUAAUGCCCCUGGCAACCAGAACUACUUGCUCAAUGCACACAUUGCAAGUGCGAUGGUUUAUAUGUUGGAUCUGCCCACUAUGGAAAGUGAUGCCAGCUCAAAUAUCCUCGCGGCAUUGUGUCAUUUAUCCAGUUGUAAGGCACAUCUUCCACGGCUUCUACGUGAUGGCGUCUUACCGUGCAUCGUUAGGCUUGCCGACCACCCCAACGCCACAGCUGAAAUGGUUAGCUAUUGCUUCGAACUCAUCUCGAAUCUCUGCAGUAUUGAUUUUCAGGAGUACUUGAAGGAUUGUCCCGAGAUAAACGUCAUUGGAACAUUGGCUAAGCUAUCGGAUCAUCACAUGCAGAGCCAUCACCACCAACAUAUUCUGCAACAAGCACAACAGGAACUCGCGACCUCGCUAGCUUCGUAUUGUGCUAGAGGAGAAGAAAGCUCUCAUUCCCUGCCUUUACCAGCGCUGAUCACAAAUUUGAUGAAAAGUGCCACCUUCACGACUGGAGCUGCCAAGAAAACACUGCAGCUCAAGGCUAAUUACACUGUUAUUGCUCGAAAAUGGAGUCCACAAGCGCAGCCUAAACCAAAGGACCCCCCACCGCUGGUUUGCAGGGAGAUUUUACCCACCGACAAUGGACAAGUUGUCUCUCCGGAGGUGAAACAGCGUAUUGGGUGCUUCUCACCGCUUCCAAAGGAACCACUUGUCCGUGAUGAAAAGAACGAUGCGAUGGUCGCACCGCCUGUUAGUGCUCCAAAUCGAACUAUGUUAGCUCGGCGCAAUAGCAUACGAAGCUUCGGUGUCGGUGGUCUGCGCACACGAUCAAGGAACACCUCGAUUGUUGGUGCUGGGAAAGUUCUUCAACGUGCUCGCGAGACUCGACAUCUUCCGAAAUAGCGUUCUGCUACUGAAAACUAGACGCCAUGAACGCACAACGUUGACGUAUGUUAUGAACGCGACUCAAAACUUUAAACAACGUGGUCUGUCGUUUUGGCACCGGUGACUGAAAAUCGGAUGACCUGUUCGUGUCUUGUACUUACACUGUGAGAGAUGUCUAAUUACGUGCACCAGAGAUAAUAAACAUUUAGGGA